ACCAGUAUAUCGGGUGAAUGUCUUAUGUUUUUGGACACCUCCGGUCACUUCGAUAAGAUUGGUGGUUUAGGUAUAGUCGUGAUGAACGGAAACGUGGCUAGGCACCCAAAGCUUUCUGUUAUGCAACCGCUGACCUACUAACACACAUUCGAGGACGACGAGAGGAGAUUGUAUAUGUGAGUGAGUGAGUAAGAGAGGAAAACUGGAGCAAAGCCUCCGACAUAACAUAAGGACGAAGAGGGAGGGCGAGAGAGAGACGGCGAAUAGCAGCACAUUCAGCGAGUCACAUUAAUCGACACAAAGCCGGUGAGUGGAUCACGACCCACGCGGGACAUUUGCAGCACAAACUAGAGUUGUAAAGGGCAGGAAGGCAGACAAAAAUAGCAGAACUGGGACAAGAAACAGCAUACAGAGGCGCUGAAGAUCGGUCUAUUGAAAAAUAAAAGCGGAUUAUUCUGUGUAACGAAAGGAAUGUGCUAUUUUUCUUCGAUCUGCUCAACAAAGACUGGAACAAAACAGUGAGCUGAGACAGGUUUGAUGAAUGAUCAACAUCUUUAGCAGGGUGCCUGAAAAAACUAGGUCAUUCUCCAACAGUAACCCCAGCUUAUACUGUCACCGUCAGCCAUCAAUAACAAGACCUAACUUGGCUUCAAAAGUUUUUGGAGGAGCUUUGCCAAGUCCAAGUCAACAAACUUGUAUUGUCUUCAACCAGACAGAAUUGAAAGAAAGCUAAACAAAAAGGGGGACAUUCCCUUCUCUGGGAAGAAAAACUUAAAAACACACCUAUCCAAUGACAGAUGUUUUUGUUGAGUUCCAUCUUUUUCUUAUCUUUUUGGCCAGUCUGGACACUUGAACAUUUUGAAGACCGGUUAGAGUAGGAGGAAAAGAAUAUCCAUCAGAUCUCUUCCUCCUUGGAGGAACACAGAACCCCAUACAUCGUUGUGAAAACUGACAAUUAAGUGUGUUUUUGAAUACUCAAUUGUAUUAUUUUCAAUUUCAAUGUCAACUGAGUGCCAGUUAUACAAACUGGCCUCAAUAGCACCAUAAUGGAAAGCCUAAAUCUUUCUACCCAAAACAAUAGUGCCAGCUUGGAAUCUUUAGAAACCUUCUCAAACUACAGCGAGAGUUUACCAUCACCUCAAAUCGCCAGCUCUCCACGUCAAGGCCGACUAAUAAAACCAAAACCCAACGCAGCCUGUCGGCGGAAGCGCGAGUUCAUCUCGGAUGAGAAGAAAGAUGCGUCCUACUGGGAAAAACGACGCAAGAACAAUGAGGCUGCCAAGAGGUCAAGAGAGAAGCGCCGGAUCAAUGAUAUGGUGCUGGAGAACAGGGUAAUAGCACUGAAUGAGGAGAAUGUGCGACUGAAGACGGAACUCCUGCAAUUGAAAUUGAGAUUCGGACUCAUUAGCUCUGCCUCUUACAUGGAGAAAACCCAGCAGAUCAAUAAUGGCACUGAGGCGGCAACGAAUGGUGCUAUUGGUACCGGAGCAACCUCUGGAAAUCCAUACUACUCAAGCAGUGGAUAUUCCAGUGCUUCUCAGGUCAUGAUGAGCUCUGAUUCCUCAGAGGCUGAGCAGCCUACCAGGAGUGAACGCUACUCAACAUUACCUAAAUACUCCCCCCUUGGAUCACUGUCCGACAUGUCUGAUGGAUCUUCACGGGACAGUCCUGAACCUAUAAACUAUGACAUCAAGCAUGAGAGCUCUGGAAUGGAUAUCAACAGGCUUGAGGCAAGCGUUCUUAACGGCAUGUUCAAUGACCAUCAAAGUCUUGCACGAUUGGAGACUCAACAACUUCAAGAAAUGGAGCAGCAAGAAGGGACCAACUCCCCAGCCCCUCCAUCUGCCACACCCCAAAGAAGUGUCAUCCUCUUCCGUUCUGGAAGCAGUUCCUACCCUGUUGAGAGCCAAAGGGUUGAGGACAUGGAGCAGCAGGUGGUAUCCCAACCGCAACAAAAUGGGCAAAUCACUCACUUUACUCAAACAGAGUGCAGUCUGUCUAUAAGACAUGAUGGUUUAGAGACUCUUUCAGAGGUGGCACAACAGCUGGCCAGGAGAUCUUUGGAUUCACCAAAUUAUGAGUUCACAUAUGGCAAAGCAGAUACCAGCGAAAGCCAACAGUUUGUCAUUCAGCAACAAGACCUGAGUGUGCAAGACAGCACCCCAAAUUCUUUUGCACCAGAUCUGGUCAAUGAAUCUGGAAAAGCCCAGCAAUACCAGCGCUCAAAUGCCUACCUCGGCACACUCAACGAGGAACCCCCAGUGCUCACAUAUGAAGGAUGCCCGAGAACAGAUGGCUUCUACCAAGAGCACUGCUCUUCAGGCAAGGAUACCUCCUCUAGUGACGGAGACCCUCGCAGCUCAGAUAAGGAAGCCUCCACUGAUGAUGAAUCGCCCUCAUCCUCUUCCUCUGAUAUUGGUGGCUAUCACGUCAUCCACCAAUCAGCACCUUCACCCACCAUGGUCACCAAUGAUGGUUGCCAGUAUGGAGAUAACCAAGGCGAAAUGAAAGGCACAGCGCUGCCACACAAGCUAAGGCUCAAAUAUAGAGCACUAUCCAACGGUGGCUCCCAAGAUGUCCCCAAUUCAGCAUCAACAGCUGCUACGUCACCUGAUUCCGCUCUGCCUCAGCACCCAUACCUGGCACUAGCGCACGUUAGCCAGCAGCAAGGCAGCGGCUCUGGAAGCAGGGAAGAGGAGAGUGAAACAGCAGAUGAACUUUACACACAACAAUCUCCCUCCAGAGAGGAAGACGAGCUAAGGAAGGAAAAUGGGAAGAGGGGCUCAGGUGGGCAAGGCAGAAACAAGAAACGUGACUGAGACUGGCAUGUAAGAUCCUUUAAAUACAGUAAAGAUAGGACAUGAUAAAUGUCAUUUUUACCAUCCCAUAGAGGGAAAAAAGAAAAGGUACAAUUAAUUGCAUGAAAGUCUAUUACUUAUGCUUAACACCAGCCAGAAAGUGUUUUGCUCUUGAUCUGUUUUCUUAUCGAGAACAAUUGUGUGACCUUUUAAUGCAGCUCUGUUCUUUCACUCUUUCAAAAGCACUUAAUAGUAACUCAGAGUUACAAAGAGGAAAUUGAGCUCUUUCUAAUGAUCUUUUACUUCUUUUGAAAACAAACCUACAAAAUGAAUCUGUACAGCAACCUUUGACUCCUUGUCUCCACCUUUAAAUAUUUACAUAUCUCUGCCAUGUUUCGUAGCUUAGCUUUAUGAACGGGUAGUUUCUGAACCCAGUAUGUAGUUCUCUCCACAAGUUCAUGGAGUUCAAGACACAAGGACAUUUUUCCCCACUGAUUUCAGAAGGAAAACCUCAGAUUUAUGCCUCACUCUUAUCCUCUGCCUUUGGACUUUAGCAUUAUUCAAGCACUUGGAUUAUGUAAUACUGUGACAUGACUAAACAUAUCAUAUUUCAAUAUAUUUUAUGAGGAAAAACAUGUCAAUCUUUAAGAGUAGAAAAGUGGGAGAAAGAAUAUGAACAGUCUACAUUGGAUUCCUGUAAAGUCCUUCAUGUUCAUGAUGUUUGAUGCUUCCAUUUAUAUUUUUAAGUCAUCAUUCUUAUCUCACUGUAUCACACUGAUUGAAAGAUACCUGAAUGUUAUUUUCAUAGUGUUUCAGUCAUUUAUAGGUCAACGCAAACUAGUGACAAUGACCCUUCACCUCUUGUCCAUCACCUUACUGUAUAGUAUCACUGUAAAGGAGCUCGAUGGAUUGACCCUUUUCAAAAGGCCACUGUGACCAAUUCUUUUAAAAAAAACGAAACAAACAAACAUUGCAAUCUACCUGACAUUCAGCCAAAUUAGAGUCAAAGCCCUUUCAGAAAUGUCAAGGCAGCCUCUUCUGAGACUGCGCUAACUUGCCGAGUGUACAAAGUGUAAGAUAUACCAUUGCCAUCUUUAGAUGGUCGUGUCCUCUGUGGUCAGGUUUCAGAGAUGCCUCACAUGCUACCUCAUGAGAAGAAAUUGUUGAGGUUACGCAGAACUGAAGUGUUUUUCUUCUUAAAGGAGAAUUAAUCUUUGGUGUGUGUAGCCCAUUACAAUGUCAUACCCAUCAACUGUUGCUUAAAAGUUACCACAGAGUAAAAUGCUGCAGCACACAACUGUUACACACUCAGUAGUAAGUCAUAGACACAAAUUUAGCAUCAAUCCCACUAGUUGUCUUUGUAGAAUUUACCACAGCUGAAAGCUGCUUCUGCACUGAAUUUUUUUCUUCAGAUUUUAUACAAUCUGUGUUUAUUGUUCCCAAACAGGUGCCUGGCACUGGCCAUUAUGUAAAAAAUGUACAGACAAAUUCUCUUUUGAGUAUUUUAAGUUUGUAUCAAGUUUAUUUUGGCAUUCUAUAAUAAUAAUUAUUAAUAUUGUGUUUUAUAUUGUAUUCCAAUGCUAUUAUUCUUUUUUGCGGGGUUAAUAUUUUCUUGUGUCUGUUGUCCAUUCACCUCAAUGUGAUACAAUAUGUAUGUAUUUUCAUGUCCUGUUAUUCUAUUUCGCCUCUGUAACCGGGUGUAUUGUGUGGUAUUUACCGAAGUUUUCAGAAAAAAAAAAAAAUGUUUGUAAAAAGAGGAAGGACGUACCUGUCAAGGUGCUCAGAAUGACACUAAAAGAGCGACAAGAAAAAUAAAACAUGUUGUAUGUUACAUUUAA